AUGGAGGAUUUCAAAGCGGUCAAGGACAACCUCCAGUCGGCGCUGGUCUCGACAAUAAAAGCCACCAAUAAACUAGCAGCCCAAGAUCUUCCCUUCCAGCGAACGGUGAACUCGGACAUCGACCGUCGUCUCGAUGAAAGCACCAGCCGGAUCCUGGGUCUCGCGACCCAGCUGCUUAAAGCCGCUCCUCGACCGGGCCGUGCGGCGCCGCCGAAGCUCGAAGAAAUUGAGGAUAUUGAUAUGAACUGGCGCCGUAUCGUGGACGUCGUCGAUGCCACUUUCGAACAAGCCGACCUUGCCCUUGACGAGUAUACGGGACUGGUGAAGCGGAAGGAAGCUCCGACUGGUGAUGCCGACAAGGCGCCUCCUGCCAAGAAGCCAAAGUCACUCACUCUGCAACCUAAUCAGCGAAAGGCGAACAUCUCGAAGCCCCAGCUCCUCUUCGAGCGCGCCCCCAAUAACUUCCCCACCGGCCCCUGGAAGCCACUUCUCACAAAGAAACCCCACGCUAUUCAGCCCCUAGAACAGAGCCUUCGUAUUGAUACUGGUGGAGAGUCUAACAACGGGUCCUCAGAAUACAAGCAUCCUUAUGAGACUGAAAUUUGCGAAAUGGACUACCCAGAGCGCGUCUUUGAGAAGGCCGACCCGAUCAAGUACCGGCCUAUGGAGGAGAGCGAGGCUACGUGGGUGGAUACGUACGAGGGGGUACUUGAGAUGUUGGAAGAACUAAAGAAGGCCUCGGAGAUUGCCAUUGACUUGGAGCAUCACGACUACAGGACGUAUCAGGGCCUUACUAGUCUCAUGCAGAUUAGCACAAGGGACCGCGACUGGGUUAUAGAUACGCUGAGGCCAUGGCGACACAGGCUUGAGGUUCUCAAUGAGGUGUUUGCCGAUCCCAAGAUUGUCAAGGUCCUGCAUGGAGCAUUUAUGGACGUCAUCUGGCUGCAGCGAGAUCUUGGCUUGUAUCUGGUGGGGUACUUUGACACGCAUUUUGCGUCCAAGGCACUCAGCUACCAGUCGCAUAGCUUGGCGUUUUUGCUCAAGAAGUUUAUCGACUUUGACGCCGAUAAGAAAUAUCAGCUCGCGGAUUGGCGCAUACGCCCCCUGUCGGAGGAGAUGUUAUUCUACGCUCGUUCUGAUACCCACUUCCUCCUCUACAUCUACGACAUGAUGCGCAACGAGCUGAUCGAAAAGUCGGACAAAAACGAUCCAGAGGCGGACCUACUCGGGGCGGUUCUCCAAAAGUCCCGCGAACAGGCGUUGAGCCGCUACGAGAACCCCGUCUUCAUCGAGGAGACGGGCGGCGGUACCAAGGGCUGGUAUAAUAUGGUUAUCAGGCAGCCCACGCCUCUCAACAGCCAACAGUUCUCCGUGUUCCGCGCGGUAUGGAAAUGGAGAGACGAGUCGGCUCGCCGCAACGACGAAAGCGUCGGCUACGUGCUCCCUACGCAGGGCGUAUGGGAUAUUGCUAAGAUUCUCCCGCCCGAUCUCAAGGCGCUGCACAGCCUUCUACCCCGAUAUGCUUGGCAGGCGAAGGUCGAAGUCAACGACCUUUGGAAGGUGGUGCAGGAGGCGCAAGCCAGGGGCACAGACGGGCCGACUCUGCAGCAGUUCCUGAUAGGCGGUGCUCAGCUGAAGGAUGGAAGCGCGACGCGCGGAGGCAAAGCAUCUGGCGUGGCGCUUGACACCGACUACUCGCUCGACGUUGGAGAUUUGGAGGUCCGUCGCAUGGCGAGGUCACAGCUGUUCGGCGACAUGGAGGUGAGCAGUGUCUGGGAGGAAGGUGCCGGGUCGACGAGGGAUCAGGACGAGUACAUCCAGUUGCCGUGGCAGAGGCUCUAUAGCGCCGAGGAGAUACGCGCAGCAAUGCGAGAAGAUGCGAACGGCGCAACGAAGGAUGGUGCCGAGGUUGCUGUCGAACCUGUUGCGAAGGCAGAAGAGGCGGAGGCGGCCGUUGAGGAUGGCGAGUUUACGCUCAAGGCGGGAUUGAAGCGGAAGAGACAGGCAGACAGCGAGCAGGCCACCACUAGUCAGGCUGAGAAUAGUGCUGAUGAAGAGGAGGAGGAGGACGAUGAGGAUGAAGAGAUGGAUGAGGGGGAGGACGGGGGCGUGCCCGUGACCGAGGGCGAGACCGAGGCUGAGACGCAUUCUCCAUCUUCAUCCAAGGAAGUAUCCUCCUCAGAGGGCCAAGCCGAGAGCACGGAGGAGACAAUCGAAUUGGAGUCGGUGGACAAGGAGAAAUCUGGGGACAAGGAGAAAUCCCGAGACAGCAAGAAAUCUAAGAAGGGGACUUCACGUCGGGAGAAGAAGAAGGCCAAGUUGAAGAGGCAGCGCGAGGCCCAAAAAGCGAAGAAUGGCGCAGGGGCGGAGGAGGAGGUGCAGCCCUUUGAUUACUCCAAGGCCCAGUCUGUGCUGCACGGCAAGCGCGCAGGUCCCCAGCAAGGUGCGGGUGCGGGCGCAAGCGCGGGUCCUGCUAAGGGCAAGGCUUUGUUCGAUCCGUAUGCGAAGACGGGAGAGGAGGGCGUUAAGGGUGCGAGGAAGGCCCCUCCUAUUCACGGUGGAAGGAGUGCUACUUUCAAGAAGUAA